AUGCUUUGCCAUUGGCGGGUUGCAGCCCCGCCCACUAGCACGCCCACCAGGGACAAUAUAAAGCCAGGCUCAGCAGCUGUUCUCAGCCCCGCACCUACCAGCAGCAUGUGUUCGGACAAGUUCGUGGUCUUCGCAGUGGUCCUUGUUUUUGUGGCUCUACUGGCUGGUGAAGGAGUCCAAACGGAUCAGGAGAAAAAGGGAGUUUGCCCAGUGAAUAGGGUGCGCUGCAUCAAGUCCCACUUCCGGUCCGACUCACCUCAGUGUCUUAGUGACCAAGACUGUUGGGGGAAGAUGAAGUGUUGUCAGGUGUGGUGUACCUUACUUUGUGUGGAUCCCAAGGCCAUGCUAGACCAGGGAGGAAGCAAGGAUGAAGACUCCUCAAGACCAUGCUCAGAGCCAAGACAAGAGUCCAGGCCUCUGGGCUCCUCCCCCUCUACUAGGUGUACUCAGAAGUGA